ACUCUGUCGAGUGGCCGGCAUACAUAAAGUAAGAACAACCCCAUACCACCCUAGGGGCAACCCCGUUGAGCGAUUUAAUCGCACCCUACUAAACAUGCUAGGUACUCUUGAAAGCCCAGAAAAAUCUCGUUGGCGUGAUUUUGUAAAACCCCUGGUCCACGCUUAUAAUUGCACCAGGAAUGAGGUGACAGGAUUCACACCAUAUGAACUGAUGUUCGGACGUCAGCCUCGUCUGCCAGUUGAUUUGGCGUUUGGAUUGCCAGUGCAAGGGGGUCAGCAAACAUCACACGCAGAGUAUGUGCAAAACCUUAAGUCACGACUUGAAGACAGCUACAAGAUAGCAAUUGAAAAUGCUGCAAAGAUAGCACGCAAGAACAAAGUGAGGUAUGACAGGCAUGUGACUGCUUCGGACUUGGAAGCUGGAGACCGAGUAUUGGUCAGAAACGUUCGCAUUCGAGGAAAACAUAAGAUUUCAGACAAGUGGGAGUCAAUUGUCCAUGUGGUGGUGAGGAGAGCAGGUACCCUGCCCGUCUAUACAGUCAAACCUGAAAAUCAGGAUGGUCCUUUGAGAACACUGCAUAGGGACUUACUCCUUCCGUGUGGUUACUUGUCUACAGAGGUCAACAAGGCGCCUGACCAGCAGCCCACAAGGCGCAGACCAGCAACCCGUGCAAAUCCUACUGUGGAUGAAAAUAAUUUCUCAGACGAUGAAGAUGAGAUCAUUCCUGCUUACUAUUUCAGAGAACCCCAAAAUGCUCAGUUUCCCACAGUCCAUGACCGUCUAGUGCAGCCUGAUCCACCUAUGUCUACUGUGCAGGAUAAACAGCAUACUGAACCUCCAAGCAAUUGUCCUGUUGAGAGUCCUGUAAAUGCUCAAAAUGUUGAUUGCACUCCUGAGAUUAACAAGCCACCUGAUAUGUCCAAUGGUGCCUCAAACAGUCCUCUCACACUUAAUGACCCUAACUGUCACCACUACGACACUGAGGACCUACUUACCGAAAGAGUCAUGCUUGAUGAACAAGUGGAUGAAAUCGUUAUGACCGAAAGUAACUUACCUGCUAGUAAAAACCCUGUGGAGGAACAAAACUUACCUGAUGAUGACAUCCAAAUUGAGCAGCUUCCAGUGUUCUCUGACAUGUUAGAGAGUGGAAAGGAGAUGAACCGUAAAGAACCAGAAGAGGAAAUAAAGGAUACAACAGUCAGGAGAUCAGAGAGAAACCGUCAGCCGUCAAAGAGACUUGACUAUACUGAACUCGGAAACCCCUUUGUCACAGUGGUUAAAUCAUUCUUUCAGGGGUUAACCACAGCUGUGGCUGACAUCUUAAGUGAGGGUGAGAACUCAUAUCCUUCUGUUCUGUACCCUGAGAUACAAACAGUUCAACCAUUGCCAUGUACAGGGACGUACAUGAGUUCAAAGGGGGAGAGUGUAGCCAGGUUUUAUAAUGAGAAACCCUAUUUAGCUGUCUAACCCAGUCACGAAAGGGUUAACUUUCAUUUUGUAUCUUUGAUGGACUUGUGAGUGAGCCAAUGGGUGAAUUUUAUGAGGUACUGAACUGACCAAUCAGCUGCCAGCUAGGCUCCGUUACAGUUACGCCUCUAGUUUUGUGUCACUGCACGUUCUUUUGGCGCUUGCAUUUGAGCAUAGAAGGCUGCGUUAUCUGCUUGAGUGUAAACGAAAGCUGUGCCUGAAUCCACUGUUAUCACGGAGCUAAAAGCAGUGAAUUCCGUUAAAAUGAAGCCUGUAGCAGUCCAUUUAUUCACUGAAUGGUAAUUGAAAGAAAUGAUUUGGCCUUAUUUAUAGGUCAGGUUUUGGUAAAGAGUUGGAAACAUCGUGCAGAGAUCCUUUCCACGGAGUGAUACAGAUCCACACGUUCCAGACGUUCUCCCAGAGAUUCAUAGAUUCCCAGUCCGGGUGGCUGGGUGGCGAGCCAACCGUGUUUGUGACUCUGACUUUAGACGAACUGCCUGGAUCAUCCUCUUCAUCUUCGUUGUGGUAGGACAAAAACUAACUCAGAGUUAAAAAAAAGGGCCCCAACGGUGAAACUGAACUUUUGUCAACCAAGGCAAAACGAACCGAGGACGAACUGAGCUCAACGAUUCUGAUACGAGAGGGUUUUGUUUUGUUUUUGUGCGCACUUUAUUAUUUUAGUUUGUUAUUUUUCAUAAAUGUGUUUUUGCUUGUAUGUAUGUUUCACCCUGUGAAUUUAAUACAGGUUUGUCUAAACUGUCA